AUGGAAAUAAUGGUUGUUUUUUUAUUUUCAGUUUUAUUUAUUUUUGGUUUUGUUGCUUUUGCUUCUAAACCAUCUCCAAUCUAUGGUGGGUUAAGUCUUGUAGUAAGUGGUGGUUUGGGUAGUGCAAUUGUUGUGAGUUUGGAGAAUACUUUUUUAGGGUUGGUAGUAUUUUUGGUUUAUUUGGGGGGUAUAUUAGUAGUUUUUGGUUAUACUUCUGCUAUGGCUACUGAAGAAUAUCCUGAAAGUUGGGUUGGAAAUAUGGUGGCUUUUAGUAUACUGUUAUUCACUUUAUUUGUUGAGUUAGUGUGGUAUUUUAUGUCAGGUGAAGUUGAGGUUGAUACUGCUGUGGAGUUGUUUGAUACUGUUGGUGUUUAUUGUGUUGGGCAGGAUUCUAGUGGUGUGUCUUUGUUGUAUGGUUGUGGUGGAUGAAUUUUAGUCUUAUUAGGUUGAGUUUUGUUUAUUACUAUUUAUAUUGUUUUAGAAAUUGUACGUGGUCGUGAUUAG